CGGCGUGUUUAGUCGAUCGAAUUUUGUUUCUUAUUCUCAAUGUAUAAUCAACAAUCAAUCCAUGCCGGUCUCCUUGGGCAAUGGAUCCUAGCCAGCGCCGUCCCUGGCGCCCAGACGCCAGGAGCUCUUUUCCUUUUGCUAGAAAGGAGAUCCUCAGGAAGUACAUCCCGGAGCUCGACCCGGAUGAUGAGCGGGCACAGACGCUUCGCGUGCGCAUGUCGAAGCGGUCCAACAUGCUGCGGCUACAGUUUGGGCUGACGGCAGUAAUCGUGAUGGCCAAUCUCGCCGUUGCCAUCUGGGCUCAAAAUGUCUUUCCACCCGAUGCGCGCGGGGUCGGAACGCUGAAGCUUGGCGACUGCGACGACGUCAGGACCCUCAACAGCGGGCUUCACCUUAUAAUCAACGUCCUGUCGUCACUCUUCCUGGGCGCCGGCAACUACUGCAUGCAGACGCUGGCAGCCCCGACCCGCGCCGAGAUGGACCUGGCACACUCCCGAGGCCACUCGCUUGAUGUGGGGGCGCCGAGCCUGCGCAACUUGAAGCGCAUUUCCCGCCACCGCGCUGCGUUGUGGCUCCUCCUCGGCGUGCUUUCGACGCUGCUCCAUCUCAUCUGGAACUCGGUCGUCUUUGCAUCCUUCCCCGUCGUCAGCUACCCCUUUGCCAUGAUUACUAGCGAUUGGCGCGAGACUUCCGACAUGAGCUGGCGGGUCGCGCCUCUGCCGUACCCUUUUACGCUCGAUAACUACAACCCACGCGGGGACUGGGACCGCGUCCUCGACAUUCAGCCGCAGCUUGCAAAUUUCACCCGCCUCGAGAGGGGGCCCUGCUUGUCCCAGUUCGCCGACCACCGGACGCAGAAGGCGCCCAUUGCCCUCGUCGCCCUUAAUGUCACGUCCGAGUACAACCGGGGCUAUUCGCUCCUGCACGGUUGGGGCUCCGACUGGGCCGGCGGCACCUGGCUGACGGCGUCGUGGUGGAUCUGCGACAUGUACAACCCAGCCAACAGGCCCGACUGGCAGCCCUGUGACGAGAGGCUGGUUGACAAGCUGAAGCUGGCGGACGAGUGGGUGCUCCUGGCUGGAGACCGUGUCGAAAAGGCCGUCUCGAUGGCCGUCGACUACUGCCUGGUCGGCCCGGCCAGGGACAUGCAGUCCAAAUGCGGCCUCCACUACGGGUCGUCGCUCUGUGUGGCAGUGGUGUCCGCCACUUUCAUAGAGUCGAUGCUCGUGCUGUUUCUGUGGCUCCAGUCGCUGCCGCAGGGCGGUAGCAAGAAGAGGCUUGUUGGAGAGGUGCCCACACCGCAGGCACCGGUUGUCAAGGACGAGCGGGGGAAAGCAAUGGUGCUCAUGGGCGAUGCCAUCGCGUCCUACCUGCGUUACCCGGGACAAAUGCCCCGGCAUGUCGAGAUGGAGAUACAGAAAUGGGAAACUAGUUCCCGCAUCACUUGGUUCUCGACAGUCAGCCCGCUCACAUGGGCGGUGUCUCUAUCACUUCUCAUCAUUGGAAUCGGCUUGCCUUUAUACUUGAUUCUCGGCUCCAUCAAAUACAUCGGGCUCAUUGGCUUCGACACGAGCAUGGCUGGCAUCUGGCAGCGCGGUCUCCAGAGCAUAAGCCCGUCUCUGCUGGCCUUCAGGACGGGCGACCACGAAUACCCACUGUUUGCGUGCGUAAUCAUGGCCAACGCCUUCCAGGUCUGGAUAAGUCUCCUGUAUGUCGUAUACAAUAACAUCCUGACGCGGCAGCUCGUGGCCGACGAGUGGAUGCGGUUCCUGCGAGGCCCCGCUGGCAAAAAGCCCCUGCGCGUGUCCCAGCCCGAGGGCAUGCAGCGGUCCAACUACACGCUCUCCCUGCCCUUUGCGUACUCGGUGCCGCUCAUGGUGGCCAUGAUGGCCCUGCACUGGCUCGUGUCGCAGGCCAUCUUCUUGGUCCAGACUCUGGGCUUCGAUACGGCCUGGCCCGAGCCGCAUCGAGUUCCUUCCUUUGACCGCACUGCGGUUGGCUACAGCCACCUGGGUGAGGUUCUGGCUGUCAUACUGGGCGGGGUUAUGGUCGUAGCGCUGCUGGUCAACUCGAUCGCUCGGCGCCACCAGCCCUGUCCUCGGGGCUUGCCGGGCGCGGGGUUCGAUAGUGCUCUCAUCCGUGCCUUUUGUAGUCGGCCGGCCGGGGACUUGCACGCCGACAUCUUUCCGGUCCGGCUUGGUGUCAUUGAGAAUACAGACGCAUGGGAUGGCCACUCGGGCCCGCCAACAGUGGUAUUCUCGACGUAUACCAAGAUUGGAAAGCCCGUCUCUGGUGCAAGCUACCUACUCCCAAGGAUCAACAAGCCCCCUGGGUCAUCAUGGAGAUGGAUAUUUCGGUAUAGCAAGGUCAAGAGCAAAGUAUAAGUAUAUUUUGCUGUCGUCUUUGGCCUCUUAUUGCUGCUACGAUCUAAGUCAAAGACCACCUUGCUGUAAUAAGUGCCAGAGUAGACCCUUUUUGCUGUUCAACACCCUGGUAGACGAACUGGAUGUCUACAUGUACAAAAGAUCCACAGACGCACGGGGUCGAUUAUCAGCCACUUGUCC